AAGACAUAAAGGGCGGCCAGGGGGUGAUAAAAACGGUGAAAAUGGCGUAAAAUGAUGUCUGGCGGGAGGCCUUUCAGGAAACGCCUCUCCACCACAACAAACGACGCCAUAGGCAGAAAGGACGCUGAGCUCUCUUAUUUUUCCCUCCUGAAGCCUGCGGAGGUGUUUGUAAGUGAGGGAGAGUGCUGGCGGCCACCCCCUCAGCCUUCCAGUCUCUGCUAAGGCUCAGCUAGUACCACUGACCACCAUGGAAGCAGUGCCGCCCCAGUACCCGCCGAGGGCUGUGUCCCAUGCCUCUUCGCAGACCAUGCCGGAGAUCCCCCAGCAGCAGCAGCAGCAACAACAACAGCAGCAGCAACAGCCCCAGCAACCUGACGCGCAGGUAGCCGCGCAGAUUGGCCUGUGGCUGCAGACCAACGAGAAGCCGUACGAGUGUGAAGAGUGCAGCAAGCGCUUUGCCCAGGAGAGCCACCUCAAUAACCACAUCGUCUGGCACCGUAAGGUCAAGCGGUUCGAGUGUGAGCUGUGUCACAAGCGCUUCACCAUGGAGAGUCACUUGGACAGCCACAUGAUUGUGCAUAGCGCCGAGAAGAACUUUAAGUGUGACCUUUGCGACAAACGCUUCACCAUGGAGAGCCACCUCAACGGCCACAUGCUGGUGCACAGCCAGGAGAAGAAGUUUGAGUGCGAGCUGUGCCAGAAGCGCUUCAGCAUCCCCUCCCACCUGCGCAGCCACAUGCUGGUGCACGUCAAAGACAAGCGCUUCGAGUGCGGCCGCUGCGGCAAGAGGUUCGUGCAGCGCAGUCACCUCAACAGCCACAUGAACGCCCACAAUGCUGAGAAGAACCUGGAGUGUGGCAUCUGCGGCAAGCGGUUUGCCCUGGAGAUCCACAUGAACGCACACAACCUCAUCCACACCAUGGAGCGGAAGUUUGAGUGUCCCGUCUGCCAGAAGCGGUUCACCAUGGGCAUCCACCUCAACGCACACAUGCUCAUGCACAACGUGGAGAAGAAGUUCGAGUGCGUGAUCUGUGGCAAGCGUUUCUCCAUGGAGAGCCACCUGAACAGCCACAUGAUCGUGCACAGUGAGAAGCGCUUCGAGUGUGAAGUCUGUGGCAAGCGCUACACACGCAAGAGCCACCUCAACAGCCACAGCUUCGUGCACAGCGAGGAGAAGCGCUACGAAUGCGAGGUGUGCAGGAAGAAGUUUGCCCAGAAGAGCCACCUCAGUAGCCACCGCGUGGUGCACACAGACGAGAAGCGCUUCGAGUGCGAGGAGUGCGGCAAACGCUUCAUCCAGGAGAUCCACCUCAACAGCCACAUGUACGUCCACACUGCCGAGAAGAAGUUUGAGCGGCACGACUGGAACCGGCCGCCCGUGCCACAGGGACACAUCAAUGGCCACAAGUUCAUCCACAACGACAUGAAGAAGUUCGAGUGCGAUGAGUGUGGCAAGCGGUUCUCGCAGGAGAGCCACCUCAACAGCCACCGCUUUGUGCACACCCAGGACAAGACCUAUGAGUGCGAGGAGUGUGGCAAGCGGUUCCGGCAGGAGAGCCAUCUCACCUCUCACAUGUUCGUGCACACGGAGAAGAAGCGCUACGAGUGCCCGGAGUGCGGCAAGCAGUUCACGCAGGAGAGCCACCUCAACAGCCACCGCUUCGUGCACAACGUCGACAGGAAAAACGAGUUCAUCGACUAUGCCAAGCAGCCGCUGGCGGGCACCCUGCCGCAGAAGACUGCCUACCCAGCCACCCAGAACAACGUGCCCGUGGCCACGGCGACAGCGACGGCGGCGACGGCCGCGGUGGCGACCAAUAACCCGGACAAGAAGCCUCCCAUCCCAGAGUACCAGGAGAACGUGAAGCUGUUCCCCCAGCACCCCUACCAGCCCACCCAGGCAUACCCCCAGUGGGAGCAGGUGCGAACCCUCUGGUCCUUGUAGCCCAAUGCUGACGACAAGCCGGCGCAGGAAUACUAAGUUAUCUCAGAGCAGAACGGAGAACGGCAUGAGGCGAGCCUCGAAGGGGAGGCUCGGCAAAGAGGUUGUGGAGGUUAUGGCUGGGCGGUGGUGGAGGGCAGUGCUGGCAGCAGCAGCGGCGACAGCAGCAGUAGCAGGUCAGUGUCGCACGUUCGCACUUCCUCCGUUCUCCCGUGCCGCCGAGAGGUGCGGCAGCACACUGUCUCGGUCGUUUUAUCAUGUUGAGUACGUUUUAGGGAGCAUAACUGGUAGCAUCACUAAUAUUUAAGAGCAGCGGGGCGGCGGCGGCCGGGCCUCACCGCACCCCAAGCUGUGACAGGCGGCUCUGUAGCAGCGCCGCACCUGUGUCGUCCCUCACGCCGCGCCGGACCAAAGUCUCAGUGCCAGGUGAGGCUGUGGUGGCCCGUCCCCGCGGCGGCCGGCGCAGUAGUCCCAACCCUCCCCCCACCUAACCCCCCUAUGCACAGGUGUGACCCCUACCACACCACACCACACCGCCUGCCCCACUGCCCGGCCCCACCCACCCCUUCCACACUAGUACUCACUGUUCAUUGUGCCCACUGUCUAUUGGGCCAGGACUCGCACACACACAGACACACACAUACACAUGUACAGGCGUAUUUGGCGCCAUCCUCCCGCCCGCUGGCAGCAAGCAUGUGUAUGGUACAGUAUGUGUACAUAGGUGUAUAUAUAUGUAUAUACUUCAGUAUGUCCAUAUAUACGGUGGUGUAUAUGUACAGUAUUUUUACCAUUAUUUUUGGUGUUCCUUCACGGAGCCUCACAAGGAGCCUACCACUAGCAGCGGCAGCGUGGCAUGGCUGUCCCCAGUGAUCAUUUGAGCAGCACACCUGACACUUUAUUUCCCUCAGAGCAGUGCACCAUGUCACUGUUUUGUCGCCGCCGGUGUGGGGACGGGCUUGGAGGCUGCAGGUGUGUGGCUGGAGUGCGCACCUCCAAACCAAUAUUAACAUGCGGCAAUUCAUUGACUAGGAAACACUGAAAGAUGCUGCAGAGGAGGAGUGACGAGUGAGAGUGGGAAGCGUACUUGGUAUUUAUAGUUACUCCUGACCUUGGGGGCGCUCAUACCUGGGCAGCGUGAGGAAGCAAGGGGCCACGUCGUAGGGGCGGACUAGGUUACAUGGCGUUCGUCUCUCUCUCGGUGAGGGGAGAGGAGCGAGAGGCCUCCCUUCCCCAGGGACAGGGAGGAGGUGACAGUAUAGUAAGAACUUAAUUUUAUUCCAGUAGAUGUGCAUGUAGUUCAGCACUCCAUCUUAGCAGUUAAGACUUAACCUUUUUAAACAAAACAAAAAACAUGUUGUGCCUUUCUUUAACGGCACACGCGUAAACGUAACUGUAAAUGAGAGAAUUUUUUUACGGAUUCAAACCAACCAACCUCCGCUGUGUACAUGAUGUAACGUUAGUUGACGGACAAGUUAGCCGGGCUGCUCCCACACACGCUCUCUGUUGACUUGGUUCACACAUUUGCCUUUAUUGUCUAGAGGUAGCUUAUGCCCGCACGGGUUCCUCCACUCCCGAGACUCGAGGCCAUCGUAAGCCUUUCGCUAUCACGCCAUCUAUACCGCCUCCCCUUUACCUACGACACGCGGAAACGCCGAUUCACGGGCACCGCUUGAACCCUAUGGUUGGGGGGUGCGUUAUGAGGUGUCGGUGCUUCUCUUGGUGUCCUGGUCAGGGGAGGAAGGUAGAGGAAGUGUGAGACAGAAAUUAUGCAUAACGGGGGACCUCCAGUAGUAGAUAAUUUGUGUACGUAACCCGGGACGAGGCUGUAGAUGAGGUCUUAUAGCGGGUACUCUCGUCUUUCCCUCUUAGUACUGUUCCUCUCUCACUUUCUGUUUUCUUGGCCUGUCUCUUCUCUCGGUCAUUCUGUCGCCUCUCUCUUCUCUGAAUAAUUCUCCAGCUUUACGUACUUUUCCUUGUUAAUAUUUAUAGUCUCUCUCUCUCUCUCUCUCUCUCUCUCUCUCUCUGUAGUGCGAGUGCUAGAUCACCAGUUGUCUCCUGCAAACUUAGGUAAUUUUAGCCUAACUUAAACUUACAGAAAAAAAAAGAAUCCAGAUAUAGUAGGCCUCAUUUUGUUCCUUAACUAUACCAUUUUUCAUUCAUUUUUGUUCUUUGUGAAAGAACAAUGUUGAUUGUGUAACACUAUUACCAUGUUAUUAUUUGUUAUUAUUUUUAUUUAUUUGUUUUUUAUAUAUAUAAACUGCAUAACUCAGUGAAACAGCCAUAUUUAAAGGGCAAAAAGAAAGUGGCUGACCCACCUCCAUAUUUACUUUUUCUCUUCAAGGCUUCAAGGUGAAGGUACACACACACACACACACACACACACACACACACACACACACACACACACACACACACACACACACACUUUCAACUGUGGAACAUCCUAGGCAUUGUCCCCAAUGAUGGGGUAUCAUGUCCCAGCAUGGCCAAAGAUUGGGUCACCAUGAGCUCCAGCUCUCUCUGGGAGGGUACUUGCUGGUGAUCACAAGUCCAGCACAUGGUCAUAUUGGGUGAAUUCAUGGGUUUAAAGAUAUAUAUGGCCAUGAAGGCAGUACAAUGCAAGGAUGACUCAUAAACAGCGAGGGAAAUCAAUACACACACACACACACUCACACACACACACACACACACACACACACACACACACACACACACACAGCUCUUUUCCUGUAUUUCACAACUAGGUAAAUACACACACACACACACACACCUGUAAUCAAUGUAGUACAUUUAUAAGGUGGUUAAUAUGAGAUGGGUUUUCCAGAAUGAUAAGAUGGUAAUGACAUUUGGCAAGACGAGGUAAUGACAUGAAAGACAAAGGGGAAAGAUAGAAAGAAAGUGCGAUAUUCUUGUGAUGUCUUGAAAUGAGUGUAACAAAAAUUUUAAAAAGUCACAUAAUUAAAAUGUAAGAUGCAUUGGCCUUGGAUGCUAAUAAGAAGGUCAGGCUAAGAGAUGCAUUUGCAAGUGUUUGUGUUUACAUGAAAAAAGAGAAUUUGUAAAGGUAGUCAUAUCAUAUUGCUAGCCAACCUAUACAGCACAUAGCAAUAUCUAAUGACCAUGAGUAUAUAUGAAGUAAGUCAAAAUAACUAUGUCUUGAUAAUAACAUAAAGCUAGCUGACACACACAAGGCAUAUAGAACAUAGCAAUAUAUGGCGACCAUGAGUAUAUGCUAAAGAAAAGACAACAACAUAAUGCCAGGUAACAUAAGCAACUGAUACUUACUGUCAACCAUAACCACCACCAACACAACCCAAAAUAUACAACCAAGCACACCUUUACCUUGUUACCUUGACGAGAGUGUAUCCAACCCUUGAAAAACCAGAGGGAGGUGUUUGGGACAGUUGGGUCAUUGCCACUAUGCCCAGGGCUGUAUCUCGUGACCUUAUUUGAGUUGCAUGACCUAUGAUGGACUGCUGGAUUGCCAAACAGUGACGCCCUCAUGAUGUUACAGCGUUUGUGAGCGUGUGUGUGAUAAUUGAAAAUGUUGAAGUGAUUAGUUAAGUGAAGUGGAUAAAUCAGGCUUGCCUCACUAUAUCUUGUUCCUGUGAUGAGAAUUGCAGUGUGAGGGAAAGACAGUUGAAAUAAGAGCCAAGCAAGCCACACACAGUUUUGUUUUAACACUGUCCUGUCCUGUCUCUAAGUUAUAAUAGAAAAAAAGUGAUUGAGUAAUGCCUUGUCUUGGACCCAUAUUCUCAGAUGCUUGUGGCUUUUAUAAUAACUAUAUCCAAAACCCACAAAGGAGGUGAUUCAGGUUUUCAUGCAUAUUUUAACAUUCAUGGUGCAACAGAAGCCUUGUCAUACUAUCACAAGGCUCAUAAAACUACCCAUGGAAAUACUAACACUACUUCUAUGAAAGUCCAAUUAAAUAUGAGUGUGUGAGACCUGAAGUGUUUGAAAAUAUGGGCCUUGGCUUGAUGAUAUUCACUAAUUCUCAUGUAUAACUAAACCCACAGAAGAAUUGACCCGUAGUGCAAAGCUAGUUAUAGGUUCAGUAAUUCUCAUGCAUCAGAAUUUUCCCACAGUGCAAGGCUUGAAGGAAACUAAAACAGAAUUGGAAAAGUUAAAAAAGUCGAGGAUAUGUCUAUUUGUGUAUCAGUGGUUUGCAGAGAAGAAAAGGAGACAUAGGAAGGCAGGCAGAGGAGGUCACCCGCACAAGCUGCCCUCACUGGUGUAGCUUUGUUUUGUAAGCUAAAAGGUUGUUUAAGGGAAAGGGCAGCUUGGUAGGGCCUGUGUGCCUGUCUGUCUGUCCCAUUCUACUGUCUGGGAGAGAGGAAAUGGUCGUGUGUCACCUGCCAAAUUACUAGUUUAUGUUCAUUAAUUGUGCCUGGACUCAUUAUGCAUUAUUAUUAUUAUCAUUAUUAUUAUUAUUAUUAUUAUUAUUAUUAUUAUUAUUAUCAUUAUUAUUAUUAUCCCAAUUUUCACUGUGACAUUUGUUUCAUGAAUAUUUAACUUACUGUAUAACUUUUUGUUAAAUAAACAUUCAUUUUUGUAAA